CUUUUUACAAAAUCAAAGAUACUUUUGAUGAAAAUGGACGACCGAUUCGAUGCGAUGUUGGCGCAAAUGGCGCAGCAGCAUGGCGGCGUGGAGCCGUUGCUGGAGUCGUUCUUCGGCUUUCUGCAUCGCAAGACGGAUUUUUACGUGGUUUCCAGCGACCCAGUGAGGCACAAAAUGGGUUUCCUGCCGGACCAGGCGCAGCAAAAGGUGCUCAAUGCCUUCCAGAAGUACCCGAUGAAGAAUCUGAGCGGCAGUGCCGAAGGAGCUGCGAAGACUACUACUACUACACGGACUACGCCUGCUACAAAGACUGAGAACACUCGAAUUCGUGGUGCUCCUGCUGCUAAGAGGGAGCCUCAACUGACAGAAGACGGCAAGCAAGUUCCGGUGGGUAAUGGAGGAGUAGCUGCUAAUUACACGUGGACGCAGACGCUGGAGGACGUUUCGAUUCAGAUGGAGCUUGCGCAAGCUACACGGGCAAAGGACUUAAACUGCAGAAUCGAGGCGACAAAGUUGCGAGUGACACUCAAGAGCGAUCCGACAAAGCCUCUGCUGGAAGGAGAAUUACCCGAGAAAAUCCGCGCUGAUGAGAGUAUUUGGUCAUUGGAGAGUAAUCAGACAUUGAACAUCUCUCUGGAGAAGAUUAAACCGACUUGGUGGGCUAGUGCACUGAAAGGCGGACCGGAGAUUGAUACCAGCCAAGUCGAUUCUCGAAGGAACAUUCAAGACUACGACGAGGCUACGCAGGGAGCCAUCCGAAAAGCUGUGUACGACCAGCGCCAGCAACAGGUAACCGGAGUUCCACUCACACCUGAAGAGCAAAUGCUGCAGGAAGCCAAAGAUCUGCCUGGCUCACCGUUUCUACCUUCAACACAAGAUAAAUAGCAGACUGAGAACCCUUUUUGCUCAAUGCACACGCUUCAUUUUCACUGCCAUCGGCUCAGUUCCUAGAUCUAGCAGUAGAGAAGCCCCAGAGAUGAUGAUGAGUAAGUGAGAAUAAAGUUACAAGAUGCCCCAGUGACGCUCGAAGCCAUUCAGCAGACGGCAGAUGGCCUGGGCUCCGCUCAUCGGGUACUCGGAGAUCGAGAUAGUCUCGUCCAGCUGCAGUAUACAAGCACACAUACAUAAAUGUUCAUUGCACUCCUAUUCAAUAACUCGAAAGGCCAGGAAGCACGUACGUAGUUGCAGUUCUCCUUGGAGAUGUGGCCGUGAGCCAUGGCACCGAAGAUGAACACGACCGGCUCGUCCUUAGGCAACGACUCCACCCACUCCCACGGGUUCACAAGCGUACCGGUACGCGAGAGUGCGUACUUCUUGCAGUUGGCCGGUAGGUACUUGGUCACGGGGUUCUUGAUCACGUUCAGUAGUGUGUGGUUGCCGUCCGACGAGCGGAUCUUUAGCGUGUGUAGCAAUUGCACUGCAAUAAUGAACGAUUGUUAUUAACACCUC